UACUUAUUUUUCUGGAGUGGAUUCACUCAUUGUGACCACUAUCAUGUUCUCCCAGAGUAAACUUAUUUUGCAGGACUUUUCUCGUUAUACAUGACUUCUUUCCUUUUUGCGAAAUAUCUGAAGGUUUUUGUGAGGGACUUUGUUCCCAGUGGCCUAGCCUGCCUAAUGAAGGCCCUUGCAGAAACUGAAGCUACAAAGCGCACUGCACUUGUAGAACCUGUGAAGAAUUUUCUGUUAAAGACACUCCACCUCCAAGGUUGGGAGAAGACAAUAGAUAACUUUACUCUGGGAGAAGGUGUACUGCCUGCAAGUUUUAAGGUUUUCUUUGACUCAUGUCGGAAAAAGGACAUCUUGGUUGCAGAUUUUGGUGGAAGCGCGAUUGGAAGAGUUGCACCUGUUGAUUCAGGUUUCUGGUGGAUUAUACUUCUACGAGCAUAUACCAAGAGCACUCAUGAUUAUGCACUGGCAGAAAUUCCGGAGGUGCAGAGGGGAAUGAAGCUGAUACUCUAUCUCUGCCUCUCGGAUGGCUUUGAUACCUUUCCAACACUUCUUUGUGCAGAUGGAUGUAGCAUGAUUGACAGAAGGAUGGGAAUAUAUGGAUACCCAAUUGAAAUUCAGGCACUCUUCUAUUUCGCACUUCGGUGUGCUCGGCAUAUGCUAAAGGAAGAGCGCGAGAAGGAGUUGCUCAGACGAAUUGAUAAGCGAAUCACAGUUCUCAGCUAUCACAUCCAGAAGUACUACUGGCUGGAUUUCACACAGUUAAAUAAUAUAUACCGCUACAAGACAGAGGAGUAUUCCCAUACUGCUGUCAACAAGUUUAAUGUCAUCCCAGAGUCAAUCCCCGACUGGGUCUUUGAUUUCAUGCCUUUGCGAGGAGGAUAUUUGAUAGGCAAUGUCAGUCCAGCUCGCAUGGACUUUCGAUGGUUCUUGCUUGGCAACUGUAUUGCUAUUUUGGGUUCUCUUGUGAGUGUGGGACAAGCAACAGCAAUCAUGGAUCUGAUUGAGGCGCGUUGGGAGGACUUGAUAGGGGAGAUGCCUUUGAAGAUCAGUUACCCAGCUCUAGAAGGACAUGAGUGGAGGAUUGUCACUGGAUUUGAUCCCAAGAACACACGGUGGAGUUACCAUAAUGGUGGAUCUUGGCCAGUUCUGAUAUGGUUACUCACAGCAGCAUGUAUCAAGACUGGUAGGCCUCAAAUCGCGAAACGAGCAAUAGACUUGGUGGAGCAGCGCCUCUCCAAAGAUGGGUGGCCAGAAUACUAUGAUGGAAAAACCGGGCGUUAUGUUGGGAAGCAGGCAAGGAAGUAUCAGACCUGGUCCAUCUCUGGCUAUUUGGUAGCUAAAAUGAUGAUAGAGAACCCCUCCUACCUACCAAUGAUCUCAUUUGAAGAGGUAGCCAAGCCAAGGCACACCCGCGCUGCUUCGUUUUGAGAGGAAACAUACUGAUACAGAGUUAAGGGGAGAGCUGAUGAAAUUGCAGUAGCUGGAAACUGUUUAGAAACAAACAUGGUAAUUGGCCACAUUUUAUCCCAAUAAUACUAGCUGACUGAUAUCAAAAACUAUACAGCCACACACAUUGCCACAGAUUCUUCUAAUUGAUUUCAAUAAUUCAUUCAGAUACUAUCCC